AUGGAAUUUAAUGAAACAUACUUUCCCGGAUCAGUAAGUCUUUUGGAUCAACUGGACAAAAAAAUGUUAGUAAUUCUGCGAGAUGGAAAAACGUUGAUUGGAUAUUUGAGGACAAUUGAUCAGUUCGCAAAUUUGGUUUUGCAUGAGGCUCUUGAACGGAUAUAUUUUGAAAAAUAUUAUGGAGAUAUAGAUCGUGGUGUUUUCCUAAUUCGUGGAGAGAAUGUUGUUUUGGCUGGUGAAAUUGAUGAAGAGAAAGAAAAAAGGGCAGACUUAAUACGAUUGCCAGUCGAGGAGAUUUUGGCAAUGCAGCGCCAAAAAGCAGAAGAACAAGCGAAAUACGAAGAAGCAAAAAAUAGGAUAUUGCGAGGACGUGGAUAUGUGAGUGCGUUACAAGAUAUAAUGACUGAAGAACAAUACUGA